UAAUACAAUACAAAUAUCACCUUUGUCCAUUUUUGGCUUAACACUUUGACUGAUAAAAGGUAUCAAAUAUCAAUACUCACUACUUAAGUUGAGAUAUAUUGUUCUUAGUGUGAAUUUUCCUACAAAAGUUCUUAGAAGAGAUUAAGAGAAAGUUAAACAACAAAAAUGAAAAUUCAGUGUGAUGUUUGUGAGAAAGCUCCAGCAACAAUGAUUUGUUGUGCUGAUGAAGCAGCUUUGUGUGCUAAAUGUGACAUUGAAGUUCAUGCUGCUAAUAAGCUUGCAAGCAAGCAUCAAAGGCUUCAUCUUCAAUCUCUCUCUAGCAAGCUUCCUAGAUGUGACAUAUGCCAAGAUAAGGCAGCUUUCAUAUUUUGUGUUGAAGACAGAGCACUCUUCUGUGAGGAUUGUGAUGAUUCUAUUCAUUUAGCCGGUAGUCUUUCCGCAAACCAUCAGCGCUUCCUUGCGACCGGUAUCCGAGUUGCCAUGAGUUCUAGUUGCGCCAAAGACGACGACAAAACUCACAUGGAGCCACCUAAUAGGAAGAACACAGAACAAGUUUCUCUUGAAACACCUUCUCAGCAAGUACCUGACUUUACACCCUCUUGGGGUGUUGAUGACUUAUUGGAGUUAGCAGAUUUUGAUUCCCAUGACAAAAAGGGAUCCAUGCAAUUUGGAGAGAUGGAAUGGUUCACUGAGGAUGGUCUUUUUGGUGAAGAAUUUACUCAAGAAGCCAUGGCUGCAGCUGAAGUGCCUCAACUUCCAAUGACUUAUGCUAGCAACAAUUUUUCAUCACAUAGAAAUUCAAAGUCAAACAUGUCUAACAAAAAGCCUAGAAUUGAACUCAUACAUGAUUAUAAUUAUGAUGAUGAAGAUGAGUUGUUCACUGUGCCUGAUCUUGGAUGAAGCAUAUAGUUAUGUGGGAAUAAUAUUUUGGAAAUGUAAUUAUUUUUCUCAAAUUCUUUUUAAAGAAAUUGUAAAGAAAAAGUUAUUGUUCCAAAUUAAGAUUUUGAAAAAUUGUAUAUUCCUACUUCUCUCUUGAGUACAAUAAUUUAAGAGUUGAAGUAUGUUUAUAAGUUGUGUGGAGAUUUAUCAUAUGUAUACUUCACUUGUUUAGUUUUUUUUUAUUAUUAUUGGAAGUGUUUCGGUGUUUUGUUGGUAGACACUCCCUCCGUUCUUUUUGUACUUGUCGCUUUUAUUGAAACUCCGAAGAUACUUCUUUUGAUGA